AUGUUGCCCUACACCAUUUCCAGAAUCAUUCAGCGCCUCCCUCUGCUGCUGCCGCUGCUGCUGCUGUGCCCGGCGGCACGGCUGGCCACGCCGGCGGCCCAGGGCUGCCCAGGCAGGCAGCAGCUCCUGGCAGCUGUGCGGCAGAUGCAGCAGCUGCUGAAGGGGCAGGAGACGCGCUUCGCCGAGGGCCUGCGCCUGAUGAAGAGCCGCCUCAGCACGCUGCAUGCAGCCCUGGCCAAGGCGGCCCCGGAGCCCACGCCUGUGUCCUGCCCAGCCCCACAGGCCCCUGCUGGCGGGCGAAUGUUCGGCACCAAGUACCUGGUGGAGCACGAGGUGCACUUUGCCUGUGAGCCUGGCUUCGAGCUGCAGGGUUCCAGCACACGGAUAUGCCAGGCCGAUGGCAGCUGGAGCGGACAGGAGCCACGCUGCACAGAGCUCAGCACGUGCUCCAGCAGCCCCUGCCAGAACGGUGGCACUUGCGUGGAGGGACCAGGCCAGCACCGCUGCCUCUGCCCACCGCCGUGGAGCGGGGCCGCCUGCCAGCACCGCACGCAGACAGAGCCCCCAGCAUGGAGUGCGACAGCCGAUCCUGCCUUCAGCCGCAAGCCCCGCUGUGCCCAGGUGGAUCACGCCCAGCAGUGCCGCUGUGAGCCCGGCUUUCACAUGAGCGGCACAGCUGCCGCCAGCCUCUGCCAGGACGUGGACGAGUGUGAGCUGUACCAGGCAGAAGGGGCCCCGCGGCUGUGCGCUCACGCCUGUGUCAACCUGCCCGGCUCCUACCGCUGCGCCUGUCCCAGUGGGUACAGCCUGCUGGGCGACGGCAAGAGCUGUGAAGACAUCGACGAGUGCGCUCUGUCGCGGGACAACUGCACGAGGGGCACAACGUGCAUCAACACAGGAGGGGGCUUCCAGUGCGUCAGCCCCGAGUGUCCCCAGCCCGGCGGCAACAUCACCUACGUGAAAACAUCUCCCUUCCAGUGCGAGCGCAACCCCUGCCCGAUGGAUAGCAGAUCGUGCCACCAGGCGCCCAAAACCAUCUCCUUCCACUAUUUGCCCCUGCCCUCCAAUCUGCUGACCCCAACCCCGCUCUUCCGCAUGGCCACGGCGGCGGCACCCGGCCGGCCGGGACCCGACAGUCUCCGCUUUGGCAUUGUGGGAGGCAACAACCGGGGCCACUUUGUGAUGCAGCGCUCGGACCGGCAGACCGGGGAGCUCAUCCUGGUGCAGAGCCUGAAGGGCCCCCAGACCAUCCAGGUGGAUGUGGACAUGUCCGAGUACCUGGAUCGCACCUUUCAGGCCAAGCAUCUCUCCAAAAUCACACUCUUCGUCUCUGCCUAUGAGUUCUAGGGCACACCAGGGGGCGGCUGCAGGGUUUGGAUGCUCUCAUGUGCGUGGUGGCUAUGGUCCCUUUUCAGAUGAAAGCACUACAGGUGCCAGCAAGCACUGGAGCCCUGAAGCCAGCUGUCCCCCCUCUGCACUGAGGUGAUUUUGUCUGAGUCUCCAGGUGCUUUUUACUCCCACCUCCAUGGAAAAAGCAGCACGUGAUGUGCGACAAACUGCAUGCAGGUUAUCUGCUUGCUGAGUGCGGGAGCAGGGCGUUAUUUUUGCUCACAGCUCCAGGAGGACAUCCUAUAACCUCUGCACCUAUGCAAUGCAAAUGACAGGUAGAAACCAAGGUGCUUACUUCUUUUUUGAUUCCUUUUUUGUAGGAAACAAGCUAAGCCAGUGCUGUCAGCCCUUCUCUGCACUGGGCUGGGCUUGCUUCCCUCUGAACACCAAGACCCCCAGCUGAGAUUUGCUGAGUGGAGCUCAAGCUCUUGGUGCUGCUUGGGGUGGUGGCAGCUGUGCCCUGAAGCCCUGAAGCUGCCUGGCACAACACACUGCACCACUGGGAGCACAUGGAGAAAUUCUUCCCAGCCUACACCUGAAGCAGAAAGUUUGGGGUGGGACCCUCCAAAAGUGAGAUUGUUGCUCGGGUUGGGGUCAGCCAUCCUGAUGUCCCCAGAGAUGCAGGAAGGACUCGGUGCCAUCCUACAUGACGAGCUGGAGAUGAGGGAUGGCUGGAAGGCUGUCCCAUGCCUUAAUCCUCUUGGAUGGGGUCAUGCACCUGCAUCCACCCGUGACCUGGCAUGGACGUGCCAUGGGGAUCGCUUCAGCUGAGCACGGUGCUUGUCUUGCAAGAGCUCAGGGUGUGAAUAUCUCAUUUUUUAACACCCCUUGUCCUCUUGUAGGAAUAGUUGUCGGCUCCUGCCAUGGUACUGCAACACGUGCCCAGGGCUGGCACUACUGUGGUGCUCACCUCUGCUCCCCAGUGCAGCGCUUGUGCAUGUAAACCACAAAAACAUUAUGCAUGUUUCUUUCUCAUUUAGUACAAUUAAAGGACGAUAUAGCCUCUGA